UGAGCCCACUAAUGCACCAUGAUUGCGGACUCGAUGUGACUACACACGGAAAUGACAGCCAGUUGUAACCCGAGCUAUGUCAUUACAGGGGAGGAAUUUGUUCACCGGAUAGAAAAUGGAUCUCAAAAGUUGCUGGCAGAUCCGUGCCGGAACAAUGUUGACGUAUGUUCAGUCGGAGGCCGGUCCAUCGCUAUUAACCCCCGCCUUGCACGCCCGCGGUAUUUUCAGAGAGAAAAUUAUAAUGUCAAGAGGAACCCGGCGAUGGUAUUAAGGCAGUGGUAGGGACGCGAUUACGGUACAUACAGGCGGAGUGGCGAGGGAAGAUAAGAGGCAGCGCGCCAUGGUAGCGGCCCUGGGAAGUUUGUGCACCGCGGAAAUGUUGCUCACGGUUCUGGUAAUGCUGAUGACGUCCAGGACGGUUACCUCCACCAGGUCCUGUCCCCGCGUGUGUCGCUGCAGCGGCUCGCACUUCUACGUCGACUGCGGGGCCCGGGGCCUGACAAAAGUGCCAAAAUUUGUGCCCUACGUGGUGCAAUCUUUCACUCUCCCCAACAACAAUAUCACCAGGCUGGGUGUAGACCAGUUCGUCAGCCUGCAGCAGCUGGAGAUCCUGCAGCUAAGUGAUAACAUCAUAUCAGAGAUAGACGAUGGUGCUUUCAACAACCUGACGAAGUUGGAAACUCUUGAACUACACAACAACAGACUGACGUCUGUGCCGUCGGCGGCUUUCGCUUCCUUAGUGGGGCUCCGGGAACUGUGGAUUGGAAGGAAUCCUAUUAUCAGUCUUCAAGCAAAUGCUUUCUCACCUCUACAAAGGUUGCGAUUCCUCGACCUUGGGGAGCUCAGUCGUCUUCAGACGGUGUCAAAGGAUGCGUUUUCAGGUCUAAGGCGGCUGGUCUACUUGAACAUGGCAAUGUCGAACCUUAAAAGUGUGCCUUAUCUUCAGUAUCUAACAAGUCUUGAGGGGCUGGACUUGUCAGGUAACUACAUUGAAGUGCUCAGAACAAAAGACUUUUUGAACUUGACGACAUUGCGUAGACUCACUAUAGUGUUUUCAUCCGUCAAAACCAUACAGCCAAAUGCUUUUAAUGACUUAUCAAGAGUACAAGAAUUGGAUUUAUCAUACAAUAACUUGACUGUGUUGCCUCCAGAGUUGACCUACUCUCUAUAUUCUUUAAGGAGAAUUGAUCUUAGCGAAAACCCUUGGAACUGUACGUGUGAGCUUUCGUGGUUGGUGGGUUGGUUAAGCGUUCAUGUACAGAACAGAACUGUGGAUUGGAUAGGAACCUGUGAAACUCCAGUUAGCCUACAGGGCACAGCGCUGGUGAAUCUUCAGCAGUACAUGCUACAAUGCCCCGACGAGAACGGGACCAACCCACGGCUAGAGGUUCCCGAGGGGGAUAGCGCGUCCCUCUUCUGCAAUAACGGCAAGGCGAGAGAGGUAAGCUGGAUAACCCCCAAUGGGACCGUGAUGAGCCACGGCUCGUACAAAGUCAGGGUCAGGGUGUUUAAUGACGGAUCACUCAACAUCACAAGCGUAACGAUGAGCGAUUCGGGACUGUACAGAUGCAUGUCGGAUAAAAUGUCUAGCAACAAAUGGUCGGGAACGAUCUUGAAAGUCAUCCCGAGGAAACCAAAGUCUGCCGGCAGCACGGACUUCCCGGUUGUAGGAACGCCGGUGGAGAGCUUCACCAUCAGCACUAACUCGUGCGAGGAGGUGACAGAGAUGGAUGUUGGCGGUCAGAAUAAGUCCUAUGAUGACAACAUGACUGCCUCGCCUCCCGUUAACGUGGCUCCCGGUGGAAACGGCGAGACGGAUGAUAAUGCGGACUACGAGCCGGGGAAGGAACCGGUGGAUCACAAGAAAUACAUCAUAUCAUCUAUUGUCUCUUUGAUUUCCUUCGGAUUCCUCAUGUGGACGGUGUGCUUUCUGUGUGCUCGAUGCACGAGGGCGAGGAGAAGGAGAAAGAAGAAAAAGGCUGCAGCUCGAGGGCAGUGCUCAGAGUCCAAUAGUUGUAACUCUAUCAGUAACCACCACAUGCCGGCUGUCGUGGAUGUGUACGGUGUCGGUACGUCAGGAGACAGUCCCUGUAAGGGCAACUGUGCCACGUUAAAGACGUUUGGAGAAAAGGGAGGGGUGAAAAUAGACAUACACGAGAUUCCGUCAGUCAAGAGCAUCAGCCCCUCCAAGUCCAAGUCUACGCUGACAACGUUCGUGGACUCAUCUAUGGAGACCAUUGUAUGA